AUGAAGGCUGCUAAUUUGGCGUUUGCGUCGAGUUUCCUAACUCAUUCGUCGAGGUUCGUGUUCAGUGCACGCAAGUGCAUCACUGAGCAGCGGCGCUUGAGCCAGCCGCAAACAGGAAAGCGAGCAUGCCGGCUCGUUCGCAUGUCGGUGGUACCGUCCGCAGAGGGCUCGCGCAUCGUGUCCAUGCCAAAAAUUGACGACCGCGUCGUGGAAGGCAUGCGUUUGCACGAGUUUCUAGCCCUGGAGGAGGACAAGGAGCUGGCAAAAGCGAUUGAGGCUCUCUUCAUGGCUUGCAAAGUCGUCGGCUACGAGGUUCGUACUGCAUCCUGCAACAAGGAAGAGUGCGUGAACGCGUUCGGCGACCAGCAGCUGGCAGUUGACUUGCUGGCGGACCGAACCAUCGAGGCUGCGCUCCGGGCGUCUCGUGUCGUCGCUAUCGGAAGUUCCGAGGAGCAGCCCAUUGAGAAGGACCUCGGCGGCUCGACGUUUGCCGUGGCAUGGGAUCCGCUCGACGGGUCCUCCAUCGUGGAUACAAAUUUUUCCGUCGGCACGAUUUUUGGCGUCUGGAGAGGUAAGCGUCUCACUGGUAUAACAGGACGGGAACUCGAAGCUGCCGGUAUGGCCGUCUAUGGGCCAAGAACCUCAAUAUCGGUUUCCGUGAGAGGGAUCCCCGGAACGCAUGAGUUUCUCCUUGUCGAUAACUUUUCAGGGAACCAUGGGAUGUGGGUACUUGUGCAAUCAUUCUACACAAUUAAUGAGGGUAAGCUGUUCGCGCCAGGUAAUCUGAAGGCGACCCAGGAUAACCCCGGGUACGCGAAACUCGUCCAGUACUGGAUGGAGAACAAGUAUCAGCUACGCUAUACAGGCGGCAUGGUGCCGGACUGUAAUCAAAUUCUCAUCAAAGGCAAAGGAGUGUUUGCGAACCCGGCAUCCCCGUCGGCGCCGGCAAAGCUUCGUGUACUCUACGAAGUGGCUCCAGUUGCCUUCCUAAUCGAGCGCGCCGGCGGUGCCUCCAGUGACGGUGAACGGAGUGCACUGGACAUCCCGAUUCCUGGCACCGACGUCCGGUCUCAGGUCUGCUACGGAUCCAAAGGAGAGGUUGCCAGGUUUAAUGAAUUCGUUGGAAAGCGCUACAUGAAGUAA